AUGCGUCUUUUGUUGUCGGUUUACGUUGUGGUUUGUGUCGUACUUCGAGCUAAUGCUUCGUACCCGGUAAACCUUGAGGCAAUCAAAACCUCGGAACCCGACUUACUGACGGCGAAGAACAAUGAACAAGACGCGAGGAAUUUGCGGCGCACUGACGACAAGUUAAUUACUACUGAAGAGGAGCGAGUACUUCCCCCGUCUCACGAUAUGGUCAACAUUCCGCUUGUCGAAAGUCACAGCAUCCCGUCUGUCGAAGCCAGCUCAAGUAACAGCAUCCUGUCUCUCAAGUCUCUUCCACGUCUUCCGUCUCCCAAGUCUCUUCCACGUCUCCCGUCUGUCGACUCCAUCAAAGUUGCGUUUCUGGAUCAAGCUGUUGGAAUGGUCGAUGUAUCCAAGAGUGAGUUACCAUUCAUGACCACGGUGAUCUUCACGAUAUUUAAAGCUUUAAAAGUGACACCGUUUCAACUAUUUUGGCGUCACAGUUUCAAUGAAAAGUGGAUGCAAGUUGCAACCACGUACGAAGGAUGGUUAAAAGCAGAUCGGUACAAGAAAGUAGAAGCAAACGGGAAAGACUUGAACGUAUAA